CCCACUGCCCCCGCACCCGCACCCGCAUCUCCUCUCUGCUCUCCCGCGCCCUAGGAUUAGCCACAACCGCCUCCGCCGCCACCGCCACCGACCUUAUUCCGGCGAGCUACGACGGCCAUGGUCGGCGCGCAACACGCUACCAAGCUCACCCCACCCCGCUGCAUCGAUUCCUCUGGCCAGAUCCGUCCCUCCCUCCCUCGAACGCUCGCGCCCAACCCAUCCCUCUCCAGCUAGGGUUUGGUGUGCGGCCUCAUCUCCGCCACCGGCGUGCCUCCGGCGGUCCUCUACGCCUCCUCGCAUGGCUCCUCAUGCGGUUGUGCCUGCUGGACGCCGCUUCUCCACCACAAGGCAGAGGCAGAGGAGGGCCUUAUCCACCACCACGCAAUGGCAGCCAAGAGAAAACUAGUAGAAGGGAGUGAGGAAGGAGGAGAAAGACCAGAAGAAGGGCAAGGGAUGUGGGGCGAUCUGCAUGUCCAUGGAGCAGUAGGACGACAACGAGAGGAUGAGUACCUCGACGGCGACGAAAACCAGGAGGAUGAACCCACCCAUAGUACUGGAAUCAGGGAUGACACGGUUCGGGAUCGCCGCACGCUUCAACGCCCCGUCGCCGGUCGUCUCGGAGGCUGCCGCCACCAACGCCGCGUCGGGCGUUGUCCACGCAGUGCCACAGACCGAGCCUGUUGCUUCCGCCGAGUGGCUGCAUGCCAACCUCAGGGACCCCAAUGUGAAGGUAUAGCACUUGCCGUUCUGCGGCGCCCGCCCUCUGAAAUCUCAAUGUCAGUUGCACAAUUGGUACAGUCUAGAUUUAAGACAGGGUACUCAUAUGGCUGGGGUUCUCCUGCCAUGGCAAUUUGGUCAGUGCUGCUACAAGUGAUAAAUCUAUUUGCUUAAUUAGUGAUGCUAGCUAGUACGUGAAUUGGUAUUUUAGUUGAAAGAGGAUUUUGGUGGGCUUUGUUUUAGCACCAGCAGUAAUCUCAAGUUUCUUAAAAACAAAUGAAGUGCCUGUAUUACAGUAUGUGACAAAGGUCAAUGCUCCUCGGAUAAACCUAUUUUCA